UAUUUGCGUUUCUAGUGGAGAUAUCGUGGUGGAAGUGCUUGCCUUUUUACGGCGUAAGAGCUCAGCUAUUUUGGCUUUAAUGCCCCAACUGGUUUAGCCACAUUUAAAAGCACCUGUGUGUAGAGUGCUCUUGGACAAAGAGAUGGCGGAAGACGAAAAGAGUGGCGAACCGUUGGGAGAAGAAAACGAAUUACAAAUUAUUAAGGAGCUUGUCGAUCAACUGUACAACUUCAGAGACUGUUAUUUUGAAUCUCACAGUGUAGAAGAUGCUGGUAAGAAACAGCAGGAUGUGGCACAGGAGCAGGAGAAGACACUGAAGAAACUAUUGGAGAAAGAAGAAAGCUUCAAACACAAGGCUGAGUAUCUGCUGCAGAAGGGCAGGUGCCUCAACGUUGCUCCUGAAUUCAGCAAAGAAGCAGAAGAAUGCUUAUCCAGGGCUGUGAAGCUGGAUCCAAGCAUGCUUGAGGCCUGGAACACAUUGGGCGAGCAAUUCUGGAAGAAAGGAGACCUGGCUGGGGCCAAAAACUGCUUCACUGGGGCUUUGCAACAGAGCAAGAACAAAGUUUCGUUGAGGAACUUGUCCAUGGUGCUGAGACAGCUGCCAGCAGCAGACAGCACGGCGCAGGGCAAGCAGGUGAUAGAGAGUGUGGAUAUGGCCCGCCAGGCCGUGGAGCUGGAUGUGAAGGAUGGCACAUCCUGGUAUGUCCUCGGAAAUGGCUAUGUGUCAUUGUUUUUCUCUUCUGGCCAGAAUCCUGACUUGUCUCAACGAGCACUUAGUGCUUAUGCACAGUCUGAGAAGGUGGACAAAACAGCCUCGAGUUACCCAGAAAUGCAUUUCAACCGAGCCACUCUCUUUCAAUAUGAGGAGAUGUUUGGUUCAGCUCUUGCUAGCUUUAGCCAUGCUGCUGCGCUUGACCCUGGAUGGGAAGAACCUCCUGAGAGAGAGAAGCUGCUGCUGAAAUACCUGGGAAAAGUCACAGAACUAAUGCAAAACAAGGGAAAGGUGAAGGCACGGAAGUUACGGACGAUGCUCUCCAGCUUGAACACCUCAGCCUUGGGUCCGUGCCUGUCCGCUCAGUUUCGAGCCCCCUCUGGCAGGGUGGGCAACUUGCAGCCGAGUUCCCUUUCUUCUCUCACUCACGGCCUCAACACAGGGGUUGCCGCGAUGGGAAAGGUGGUGUUCAGUUUGGGUUUUGAAGGGCAUAUGGCCUUCACAUUUGGUAUGGUGGACAGUGAGGAGACGUGUAUCGUGGUGAUGGUUUACAACACUGCAUUCAGCUGGGGCGUCCGGAUAGGAGACACCGUAGUCAUACCGGAACCUCAGGUCAAGAGACACAGUAUCACACACAAAGAGACGUCCUUUGACUUCAGAAGCAUACGCGUGGACUCUCCUCUGCUUCUCAUAGUCAAUGGAAAAAGACCAAAUGCCCAAAGUCAGAUUGCCAUCUCUGUCAGCUAUAAAGCACAGAGUGAAUGAGCUCAUCACAAUGCAACCGUGUUUGUGUGUGCGUGCAUGUGCAAGUGUGCGGGAGAUGCAGGGAAAAUGUACACCUGUGAGUGAGGUUUGUUCCUUUUGUGUUUGUCUUAUUUUAUACACAGUUGUCAUGUCGGAGUGUCAGUUGAGAGACCUGUAUAUUUAUAAAUAUUCCUUUUUGUAUUCUGUUGUAGUAUCUUUUGAAACAAACAAAAGGGUUUUUUUUAUAUUAGGAUGCCAUCCAAACUUUCCAUAAUUAAGGUUAAGUUCUGUUUAGUAAGCAGUCUGCGGUUCUGGUUUGAGACUGAGGACUGUAUUUUAGUUUCUUUCAUUUGUGAACAGAAAGAAAUGGUAAAUAUCAAUUCAUACACAGCUAAAAACAUAAUGACUUGCCCUAUUUUUGAGUGGUCAUUACCAGUUGUCACAUACUUCCUUCAUAUAUAUCCACCCACUAUGUAAAGUAGCCAAUAGAAUUGAGUAGUUUUUCCACAUUUCAUAAACUCAUGUUUCUAGGCCAGGCGGCAUUUUGUGAUGCAACAUUUAUAAUGUAAACAUCCAGGACCUUAAGCAACAUUUGGAGAAGUGUACCACAUGCCGGUGCUGCAAGUGUUAACUCUUUUGUCUCCUGCCACAGUGAAAGAAUUGACAGUGUCUCACCAAGUUCAGCCCGGGCAGCGGAUUGUUCUCCCAUGGUUUGUGGCCAAUAAACAGAUCUAAAACGCAAUAUGCUGCAUUUAUUGAAACGUAACAAGAAAAUGUGUCAUGAAAAGGCCUGUUUUGUGUGCAAUCCAACAGUCGAGAACAUUUUAGCAGGACUAAACAGUGUAACACAUCUAACGCCAAAGUACAACAUGGCCAACACUGAAAACACUCACCAACCAACUUAGUUAAGGUACUCAUGGUCUUGCUUCCAUCAGUGCCUCUUAAACUUGCAUGCCUUCUCUUUAGCAGGAGAGUUGAAUGGGAAGUGAGUCUUCAAUCCAUCUCCAUUCAGACAGGAGAAGAACUGACUCUCCCCAUCAUGACGGUGGAACUGCGGGCUUCUCUGGGGGGACACCUGCUGAGGAAGCCCUGUGUGACCCGCAGGGAGGUGGAUGUUAGCAUGGUUGACUCUGGCCCACUGUGGUGGAUGGCUAUGUUCAAAAAACAUGAGCUCAAGAUAAAUAAA